AUGUGCAAUAGUUCUCCAUGGAACUUAGGGUUCAUUGAUAGAAUAGAGGCCAAUAGUUGUCAAUUUUGCAUGAGCGGGGCAAGGAAAAAGGAUGAUAUAGUACAAGGAAGCAAUCAAGCACUUGGAGCACUGUCAACAUUAAAAGUGGCUUUGGAGUCGGGAAUUAGGGCCUCGUUCCUUGUUGAUUUCAAUACUGGUCAUUCAAGUUCGCUAAAAAUUUCAAAAUGGUCAUUCAAAUCUCACACCUUCUCGUCUUCCAUUUCUUGUCCACAGCCUCUCUCCGCCCACGCCCACCAAGAUACAAUGUCUACAGAUCUUGAAUUCCGACAAGAAUUGCUCGAAAUCAGAUUACCAGCUAUAAAGAUCAACUCUUCACAAUCAUCUGAAGAUCAAAAUUGCACGAAUAAAACCCCAAUCAAUGAUCAAGAUUGCCACACACCGAAGUCUCCACAAAACAUGAUUCCCAAGAUCCUCAGUUGCCCACCAGCCCCGAAAAAACCGACCCGGGUGCCCUCAUGCAAGAGAAAAUUAUCAGAAUUGCAGUUCUUCAAUGUGGUUUCGAGAGAAGAGAUUGAAUCGUUCUUCAGAAUUGCUGAGGCAAAAAUCAACGGCGCCAAAAAGAGAAGAUGCUUUGAGUAAAUCAGAAAGAGAAUUUAAUUACACUGUGGAGUUUUAUAUAUAGUUCGAACUGCAAGAUCAGGUAGAGUUACAUUUGUAAUUACACGUUUGUUUUUAAUUGUGAAAAUUAUGAUUUUAAAUUCAUGAAAAGUUGUUCCCGAAAUCAGACUAAAUUUGGAUCUGAAUUAUAUAUAGGGUACAGACAUAGAUUUGAGAUGUAUUUGUUUUUUCCUGCUUAUGAUUCAUCUAUUAAACUUGUUUAUUUUCUUUUAUAUAAACCUAAAUUUUAGCAUCCUUUUUUCUCA